AUCAGGACUGGUCAGGAUGGAUCAGGACAGGGCGGGAUGGGUCAGGACUUGUCGAGACGGAUCAGGACAGAUCAGGAGGGGUCGGGACGGAUCGGGACGGAUCAGGACAGAUCAGAACGGAUCAGGAGGGGUCGGGACGGAUCGGGACAGAUCAGGACAGAUCAGAACAGAUCAGGAGGGGUUGGGAUGGAUCAGGACUUUUCAGGACUGGUCAGGACGGGUCAGGACUGGUCGGGACAGGUCAGGACUUUUCAGGACUGGUCAGGACAGGUCAGGACUGGUCAGGACGGAUCAGAACGGAUCAGGAGGGGUCAGGAUGGAUCAGGACGGGUCAGGACUUUUCAGGACAGGUCAGGACUGGUCAGGACUGGUCAGGACAGAUCAGAGCAGAUCAGGAGGGGUUGGGAUGGAUCAGGACGGGUCAGGACUUGUCAGGAUGGACCAGGACAGAUCAGGAGGGGUCGGGACAGAUCAGGACUUGUCGGGUCGGAUCAGGACGGGUCAGGACUUAUCGGAUUGAGUCAGGACUGGUCAGGAUGGAUCAGGAUGGAUCAGGACAUGUCAGGAUGGGUCAGGACUGGUCAGGACGGGUCAGGACGGAUCAGGACUGGUCAGGACUUUUCAGGAUGGAUCAGGACGGAUCAGGACUGGUCAGGACUGGUCAGGACUGGUCGGGACGGGUCAGGAGUUGUUGGGACGGGUCAGGACUGGUCAGGACAGGUCAGGACGGAUCAGGACUUUUCAGGACAGGUCAGGACGGCUCAGGACAUAUCAGGACUGGUCAGGAUGGAUCAGGACAGGGCAGGAUGGGUCAGGACUUGUCGAGAUGGAUCAGGACUUUUCAGGACGGGUCAGGACGGCUCAGGACAGGUCAGGACGGGUCAGGACAUAUCAGGACUGGUCAGGAUGGAUCAGGACAGGGCGGGAUGGGUCAGGACUUGUCGAGAUGGAUCAGGAUGGAUCAGGAUGGAUGAGGACUGGUCAGGACGGGUCAGGACUUGUUGGGAUGGGUCAGGACGGGUCAGGACUGGUCAGGACAGAUCAGGACGGAUCAGGACUGGUCGGGACAGAUCAGGACUUGUCAGGAUGGAUCAGAACGGAUCGGGACGGAUCAGGACAGAUCGGAUCAUGUCAAGACGUGUCAGGACGUGUCAGGACUGGUCAGGACUUUUCAGGAUGGAUCAGGACAGAUAAGGACGGGUCAGGAUGGGUCAGGACUGGUCAGGACAGGUCAGGAUGGAUCAGGAUGGAUCAGAACUGGUCAGGAUGGCUCAGGACGACUCAGGACUGGUCAGGAUGGAUCAGGGUUGGUCAGGAUGGAUCAGGACGGGUCAGGACGGAUCAGGAGGGGUCAGGACAGGUCAGGACGGGUCAGGACAGAUCAGGAGGGGUCAGGACAGGUCAGGACGGGUCAGGACUGGUCCCCCCCCCCCAACCCAGACAGUUUGUGAGUCUUCAGUCAGCAGGAGUGUGCACAAAAAAUAUAUGAAAUCCAAUCCAAUCAAAUCAAAUAAAUAAAAAAAAGACACCAGAUAAAAUAUACAAGGGGAACAGACAUAAGAGACAAAUUAAAGCAUGAAAUAUCACAUGCUACCUAAAUGCCUGUUGGUGGUUUUUAGCUGCUUUUUAAGAGUCCACAGUGUCAAGAGACCUCCAGCUUAUUGGGAGGCUAUUCCAAAGCUCAGCUGCUGCUGACUGGAGAAUCUGAUCUCCCCGAGUCCUAAAACAUGCCUGAAGUACACUUAGAGUCGUGUAGAGCUCUAUAAGUGAGCACCAAAACUUUAAAAUGAAUUCUAAGAUGAACUGGAAGCCAGUGCAGUGAGGUUAAAAUAGGAGUAAUAUGUGACCAUCCGUUGGACCGUCUUAAGAGCCUCGCAGCAACAUUUUGGGCAGUUUGUAGGUGGUUUAUGGAAGAUUUAUAAACGCUUAAGUAAGUAAAAAGAGAACCACAGCAGCUCAAACAUGAUUAGAUAAAAGCAUGUAUUAACAUCCCCAUUUCAUUUCUUGACACAGCAGACCUGAGUUUGGCUGUUUCUCAGGUGAAAGAAACAUGAUCAAAUCAGCGUCUUAAUGUGAGCAUCAAACCUCAUGAACUGGUCAAAAAUCAGACCGAGAAGAUGAGGAUGAGGCAUUGAGGUUCUGCCUGAUCCAUGAGAGAAGAUUAUCAAGACCAAGCAUCAAGACUUCAGGUUUAUCUGCAUUUAACUGCAGAAAAUUAUUUGCCAUUAUUAUUUACCAAAUUAUUAUUGAUGAAUUAUAAUUAUUUGCCAUCCAUCACACAUCAACUUUGAUGUAUUUUGCUUCCUUUAGUUCUGUCUAGUCUUUCACAUCUAUCAGAUGUUAGUGUUACUCAGUAACAUUUAGAUUAAUGUCUGAAUCUUACAUUAAUGUCAUUCAGGUGUCACUGAAUGUAAAACAUCAGUACUGAUGUGUGUCAGAUUCUGCAGCAGAAACCAGAAGUGUGUCUUUAAACUGAGACAGUGACGUGUGCAUUUACCGAGCAGAAACCUCCAGGACUGACGCAUGAAGUUAACAUGAAGCAGGAGACUGCAGUUCCUUGAACAGCCACUUGAGGCUCCAAAAGUGAGUCAGUCCCC